UUUGUUAAAAAGCUGAGGGAUAUUUCCUCUGAGAUGGGAAAGCCUCUGAAGCUUGAGGUGACGUUCUCCGGAACGCCCACCGUAGACGUGACCUGGAAGAAGGAUGGGAGCGCCGUCGUGAGUGCAGAGGAUUACAACAUCAUCACCACAGACACCUCCUCUGUCCUCGAGGUUCUUAACUCCCACAGAAGCACGGCAGCAGGGAAAUACUCUUGUGAAGUAGACAAUGGAGUAGGAAGCGACAGGUGUCAAGCGCUGAUUUCGAUUCUAGAGCGACCAUGCUUUGUCGAUCCGCUGGAGCCGGUGGAAGUGACUGUGGGUGACGCAGUCACCCUGAAAUGCAGCAUUACAGGAACUCCUGAUAUCUCAGUAGCUUGGUUCAAGGCAGGUGAAAAGCUGCGAAAGUCGCCCACUUGCUCCAUGGAUUUCUCAGACGGCAUUGCCACUUUGAAACUGUUGAAGGCAGCUAAGUCUGACGAAGGGGAAUACAGCUGCCAGGCUGAGAACCGUGCCGGAUCGGCGUCCGCCAGCUGCACCGUGACAGUCAGAGAGCGUAAAGUCCCUCCUAACUUCACCAAGAGGCCAUCUGAGUCCAUGGUUGAUUCAGAAGGGAAGGUCAUAAAGAUGGAGGGCCGGGUGUCUGGCUCUCAGCCUCUGGCCAUCGUCUGGUACAAGGCCGACCAGGAGAUCCAUCCCUCUGAGAAAUACGACAUCAGCUUCAAGAACAACAUGGCCGUGCUGUGUAUCAGAGACUCCGCUGUCUCUGAUGGUGGCGUCUACACCUGUGAGGCCUCCAAUGAAGCAGGCAAAGCUUCAUGUCAGGUGUCCCUCACAGUUUCAGAAACUGGCCAGCCUCCUAAAUUUGACGUCCCUCUGGAGCCGGUGGUGGUGAACGAGGGGGAGAAGCUGAGCCUGAAAUGUCACGUUAGAGGCUCUUCUCCACUCACCGUCCAGUGGAUGAAGGACAGGAGGGAGAUAAAGGCCAGCGAUUCAACCAAGAUCAGCUUUGUUGGCGGAACAGCCUGCUUAGAGGUCAGCUCUGCAUUGAAGACCGAUGCAGGGGAUUACCUCUGCAAGGCCAGCAAUGCUACCGGUAGUGACUUCUGCAAGUCCAAGGUCACUGUGAAGGACAAAGGAACCAAAGCUGCCCCCACCGAGGCACCAGCACCUGCUCCAGCUGCUCCAGUCAAGAGGCUUGACAACCUCUUCUUCAUCGAAGAACCCAAAAACAUUUCAGUCACAGAGAAGGGAACCGCUACGUUUAUCGCAAAGAUCGGUGGGGAUCCUAUCCCCAGCGUGAAGUGGAUGAAGGGGAAGUGGAGACAGAUCACCCCUGGGGGUCGUAUCUCCGUUGAACACAAGGGCCAGGAUGCCAAACUGGAGAUCAGGGAGGUGACCAAGUCAGACUCUGGCCUCUAUAGGUGCGUGGCCACUAACAAACACGGAGAGAUUGAGUGCGGCGCCGAAAUGGAGGUCACCAAAAAGGAAGAAGGGGAAGGACUUGGAGAUAUCAGAACAAGACUGAAGAAGACUCCUUCCAAGCAAAAAAGCCCAAAGAAGCUGGAGAACCUCAGCAUUGUUGACCUGCUCAGAGGUCAUGACCCUAAAGACUAUGAGAGGAUCCUGCGGGAGCAUGAAAUCUAUGACUACAGAGCCAUCCUGCAGGCGGUGGAGAUCCUGAAGAGGGAGAAGGAGAUGGAGACUGGAAAGGCGGAGGUGGAGCAUGGUGGUCAGGUUGAGGAGGAGGACAUGGCCAUCCUCAUCCAGCAGCUGGAGGGACGUGUCGACACGCAGCCGGUCUCUGUGAUGGAAGAUAUCUCUGACCAGACUAUCACAGAGAACCAAUCGGCGACAUUUGAGUGCCAGAUUCAGAUCAACUACCCGGAGAUCUCUCUGACGUGGUACAAGGGCACGCAGAAACUGGAAAACAGCGACAAAUACGAGAUCAGCAGCGAGGGCAACCGCCACCGUCUAAUGAUCAAGAACUGCCAGGUCAAAGAUCAGGGCAACUACCGCGUGGUGUGCGGUCCGCACAUCUCCAACGCCAAACUCACCGUAUCAGACAUCCCAGACUGUUCUGUUCAGCUCCCAGACACAGCUUCCAUGGUCAUUAGCGCAGAAUCCUCCGAGUUUUAUCGGUACCAGGAACAAAGUGAUGCCAAAGAAUUUAAGAGUGUGACGGUUGAAGAAGAAGUGCUUCUGGUUCAGUUCUCCUCCGUCUCAGAAGAGAAAAAAGCCGUGGAAGAAAUUGUAGAGCGGACUCAAGUCAGAGAGGAGAUCCCUGCAGUUCCUGAGGUUUACAGGAAAGCAGAGGAGAAACCCUCUAAGCAUGAAGCUCCUCCCCCACCUGCAGUCCCAGAACCGGAGAAAAAGAAGCGGGAACCUGAAGUGACUCCUCCUCGGCGAGAAGAGCCGGCAGCUCCACAAGUUCGAACUGAACCCAAACCCAAACCUGAGCCGAGAGAAGUUGAAACGGUUCCUCCAGAACCAGAACCACUGCCUCAGAAAGCAGAAGAGCCCAAAGUGACUGAAGUACCAGAAGUUAAACCAAAAGCCGCUCCAGUUCCACAACCCAGAGUCCCAGCUGUAGCCGUGGAAACGAAAGUCCACCCGGUGGCUGAGAGGGUCCCUUCUCCAAAGACUGAGGUGAUCCUAGCAAGAGGUACCCAGUCUUUUCUUUGCUCUCAUCUUCUUAUACAUGUGCUGUGA